AUGAUUAUGUUUCCUCUUUUUGGGAAGAUUUCUCUGGGUAUUUUGAUAUUUAUCCUGAUAGAAGGAGACUUUCCAUCAUUAACAGCACAAACCUACUUAUCUUUAGAGGAGAUCCAAGAACCCAAGAGUGCAGUUUCUUUUCUCCUGCCUGAAGAAUCAACAGACCUUUCUCUAGCUACCAAAAAGAAACAGCCUCUGGACCGCAGAGAAACUGAAAGACAGUGGUUACUCAGAAGGCGGAGAUCUAUUCUGUUUCCUAAUGGAGUAAAAAUCUGCCCAGAUGAAAGUGUUGCAGAGGCUGUGGCAAAUCAUGUGAAGUAUUUUAAAGUCCGAGUGUGUCAGGAAGCUGUCUGGGAAGCCUUCAGGACUUUUUGGGAUCGACUUCCUGGGCGUGAGGAAUAUCAUUACUGGAUGAAUUUGUGUGAGGAUGGAGUCACAAGUAUAUUUGAAAUGGGCACAAAUUUUAGUGAAUCUGUGGAACAUAGAAGCUUAAUCAUGAAGAAACUGACUUAUGCAAAGGAAACUGUAAGCAGUCCUGAACUGUCUUCUCCAGUUCCUGUUGGUGAUACUUCAACAUUGGGAGACACUACUCUCAGUGUUCCACAUCCAGGGGUGGACGCCUAUGAAGGUGCCUCAGAGAGCAGCUUGGAAAGGCCAGAGGAGAGUAUUAGCAAUGAAAUUGAGAAUGUGAUAGAAGAAGCCACAAAACCAGCAGCUGAACAGAUUGCAGAAUUCAGUAUCCACCUUUUGGGGAAGCAGUACAGGGAAGAACUACAGGAUUCCUCCAGCUUUCACCACCAGCACCUUGAAGAAGAAUUUAUUUCAGAGGUUGAAAAUGCAUUUACUGGGUUACCAGGCUACAAGGAAAUUCGUGUACUUGAAUUUAGGUCCCCCAAGGAAAAUGACAGUGGCGUAGAUGUUUACUAUGCAGUUACCUUCAAUGGUGAGGCCAUCAGCAAUACCACCUGGGACCUCAUUAGCCUUCACUCCAACAAGGUGGAAAACCAUGGCCUUGUGGAACUGGACGAUAAACCCACUGUUGUUUAUACAAUCAGUAACUUCAGAGAUUAUAUUGCUGAGACAUUGCAGCAGAAUUUUUUGCUGGGGAACUCUUCCUUGAAUCCAGAUCCUGAUUCCCUGCAGCUUAUCAAUGUGAGAGGAGUUUUGCGUCACCAAACUGAAGAUCUAGUUUGGAAUACCCAAAGUUCAAGUCUUCAGGCAACGCCAUCGUCUAUUCUGGAUAAUACCUUUCAAGCUGCAUGGCCCUCAGCAGAUGAAUCCAUCACCAGCAGUAUUCCACCACUUGAUUUCAGCUCUGGUCCUCCCUCAGCCACUGGCAGGGAACUCUGGUCAGAAAGUCCUUUGGGUGAUUUAGUGUCUACACACAAAUUAGCCUUUCCCUCGAAGAUGGGCCUCAGCUCUUCCCCAGAGGUUUUAGAGGUUAGCAGCUUGACUCUUCAUUCUGUCACCCCGGCAGUGCUUCAGACUGGCUUGCCUGUGGCUUCUGAGGAAAGGACUUCUGGAACUCACUUGGUAGAAGAUGGAUUAGCCAAUGUUGAAGAGUCGGAAGAUUUUCUUUCUAUUGAUUCAUUGCCUUCAAGUUCAUUCACUCAACCUGUGCCAAAAGAAACGAUACCAUCCAUGGAAGACUCUGAUGUGUCCUUAACAUCUUCACCAUAUCUAACCUCUUCUAUACCUUUUGGCUUGGACUCCUUGACCUCCAAAGUCAAAGACCAAUUAAAAGUGAGCCCUUUCCUGCCAGAUGCAUCCAUGGAAAAAGAGUCAAUAUUUGACAGUGGUUUAGGUUCAGGAUCUGGGCAAAAGGUAGAUCUGAUUACUUGGCCACGGAGUGAGACUUCAUCAGAGGAGAGCACUGAACCACUGUCCAAGCCAUGGCUUGAAGAUGACGAUUCACUUUUGCCAGCUGAGAUUGAAGAUGAGAAACUAGUUUUAGUUGACAAAAUGGAUUCCACAGACCAAAUUAGUAAGCACUCAAAAUAUGAACAUGGUGAUAGAUCCACUCACUUUCCAGAGGAAGAGCCUCUUAGUGGGCCUGCUGUGCCCAUCUUCACAGACACUGCAACUGAAUCUGCAUCUCUAACCCUCCCCAAGCACAUAUCAGAAGUACCUGGUGUUGAUGAUUACUCAGUUACCAAAGCACCUCUUGUACUGACAUCUGUAGCAAUCUUUGCCUCUACUGAUAAAUCAGAUCAAGCAGAUGCCAUCCUAAGGGAGGAUGUGGAACAAAUUACCGAGUCAUCCAACUAUGAAUGGUUUGAGAGUGAGGUUUCAAUGGUAAAGCCAGAUACGCAAACUUUGUGGACUAUAUUGCCAGAAUCAGAGAGAGUUUGGACAAGAACUUCUUCCCUAGAGAAAUUGUCCAGAGACACAUUGGCAAGUACACCACAGAGUACUGACAGACUCUGGUUGAAAGCUUCUGUGACACAGUCUACCAAAUUGCCUCCAACCACAAUCUCCACCCUGCUAGAGGAUGAAGUAAUUAUGGGUGUACAGGAUAUUUCAUUAGAACUGGACCGGAUAGGCACAGAUUACUAUCAGCCUGAGCAAGUCCAAGAGCAAAAUGGCAAGGUUGGUAGUUAUGUGGAAAUGUCUACAAGUGUUCACUCCACAGAGAUGGUUAGUGUGGCUUGGCCCACAGAAGGAGGAGAUGACUUGAGUUAUACCCAGACUUCAGGAGCUUUGGUGGUUUUCUUCAGCCUCCGAGUGACUAACAUGAUGUUUUCAGAAGAUCUGUUUAAUAAAAACUCUUUGGAGUAUAAAGCCCUGGAGCAAAGAUUCUUAGAAUUGCUGGUUCCCUAUCUCCAGUCAAAUCUCACGGGGUUCCAGAACUUAGAAAUCCUCAACUUCAGAAAUGGCAGCAUUGUGGUGAACAGCCGAAUGAAGUUUGCCAAUUCUGUCCCUCCUAACGUCAACAAUGCGGUGUACAUGAUUCUGGAAGACUUUUGUACCACUGCCUACAAUACCAUGAACUUGGCUAUUGAUAAAUACUCUCUUGAUGUGGAAUCAGGUGAUGAAGCCAACCCUUGCAAGUUUCAGGCCUGUAAUGAAUUUUCGGAGUGUCUGGUCAACCCCUGGAGUGGAGAAGCAAAGUGCAGAUGCUUCCCUGGAUACCUGAGUGUGGAAGAACGGCCCUGUCAGAGUCUCUGUGACCUACAGCCUGACUUCUGCUUGAAUGAUGGAAAGUGUGACAUUAUGCCUGGGCACGGGGCUAUUUGUAGGUGCCGGGUGGGUGAGAACUGGUGGUACCGAGGCAAGCACUGUGAGGAAUUUGUGUCUGAGCCGGUGAUCAUAGCCAUCACUAUUGCCUCCGUGGUUGGACUUCUUGUCAUCUUUUCUGCUAUCAUCUACUUCUUCAUCAGGACUCUUCAAGCACACCAUGACAGGAGCCAAAGAGAGAGGCCCUUCAGUGGCUUCAGCAGGCAGCCUGACAGCCUCUCAUCCAUUGAGAAUGCCGUGAAGUACAACCCCGUGUAUGAAAGUCACAGGGCUGGAUGUGAGAAGUAUGAGGGACCCUAUCCUCAGCAUCCCUUUUACAGCUCUGCUAGCGGAGACAUGAUUGGUGGGCUGAGCAGAGAAGAAAUCAGACAGAUGUAUGAGAGCAGUGAGCUUUCCAGAGAGGAAAUUCAAGAGAGAAUGAGAGUUUUGGAACUGUAUGCCAAUGAUCCUGAGUUUGCAGCUUUUGUGAGAGAGCAACAAGUGGAAGAGCUUUAACCAAAACUCCUGUUCUGAAACUGAUUAGAAGCCUGGAGAAGACGGAGAUUACUUGUUACUUAUGUCAUAUAAGUAACCUGGAUUUUAAACACUGUUGGAAGAAGAGUUUUCUAUGAAAAAAUUAAAUAUAGGGCACACUGCUUUUUUUCAGCUUAAGUUUUCAGAACGUAGUAAGAGAUGUUACUAUUUUUAUUUCUAUAAAGACUGAAAGCUGUGUUUAAAUAAAUUGAAAACUACGUAAACUCUGGAAAGUAUUCUACAAGAAAAAGCUGGACCUAGGAGUUAGGGCUGCAGUUGCUGUCUGCUUCUGAAUCAUUGGGGGUGUCUCCUAAGAACUGUGCCUCGGGUUUCUCAAUAGGAAAAUAAGGUGAGACUCUUACAUGGAGAAGUCUGGCUUAGUAAGGGAAUAUUUUGGAGCAUAUUUGUUAUGGUUGGGUAGAAGGGGAAACCUUUGAAAUAGUCUUAAUGGAUAGUUUAUAAUCAGGCAUUCAUCUAAAUAAAAUUCUUUCUUUUUUUUUGAUCAAACUGCUAAAGAAAAAGCAAAUUUUUUUGCUGCAGGAUAGAAUUAGGGUUGUAUUUUUAUGCUUCUAUCAGUGUUUUUCAUUUCCUGAGCAUAUUAAUCAAGACCACAUUAUUGUUAUGUUAACUAUGUUAAUAU